GUAGUAGACACUGAACGGGCGCACCGAAGGGGGCAAAGUGGAGCGUCAAGUGGGGGCAGAAAUAAAUCGUUCACCUGAGUGUCGCGCCGUGGAUCGGCAAUCCCGCAGUGUCUCGGCCGAUCUCACAUCGAUCGCAUCACGUUCGCCAGAUCGUCCAUACUCGCGCCAGAUCGUCCACCACACACGCUCACACGCCUCAUCCUCGAGGAACACACAUUCCUCGGUUCCGCUCGAUUUUGCAUCAAUUUCAUUCCUCUCCUUCCUUCUUCCCUUCUCUCACUUUCUUCUCCGUUCUAUUUUCCUCUCGAUCUCUCUCAUCCGAUCCUCUCGUUGAUCUCUCCUCUCUUCGCCUUCUCUCUUCUUUUCCUAUCUGCAUCUCCACGUCCCACCUUCUUCCUAGAUCGCAUGCCUCUUCCUCGCCGAGGUACAUCAUUAUCGCUGAUCGUUCCCACGAUCACUGUCGCGACCAUCAGCGAUCGAGGAGGCAGCAGUAGUCGCCGCGUGCACUCCAACUCGUCUCGCGCUCAAAUCAGCCACGAGAAUCAUCGACGAGAAGUUAGGAGCAGGAAUCGCGCGAUCUUGCUCGAUACCACCGUGAGAGAUCAAUCGGCCGUGAACGUGAAGGAUCCAUGGGAUAUGUCCUGACUCACGAGGAACGUUUCCUCGGGCGACGAGCAAAAACAACGACGAACGAUCGGCGCGAGUAAAAAAGAGAGAAGUAAAAGCGCGCUAUUUUUUUUUUAAUACCCGGAUCGUACCAGCAUCUCCGGUACAUAAUAACGGCCGACGAUCCGACCGGCACACUUAGCGCACCGACGAGAGAAGGACCGACUUUCUCCAGUUGGUAGUCAAGCCGCGCGCGCGCAAGCCAGCGCUUCGAGGUCGCCGCGAGAAAACGCCGCGUGCCGCGAGGACGAGGUGGACCGUACGUCGCGAGUCGUUGAAUGAGGUCUCGAAAGAAUCCACUUUGACAAGUCGGUUGUUACUCGUGCAUGACGCAGCGUGCCGUCUCAAAGGCGUAUCCAGACGCUGUGGAACACUGGAGAGAGAGAGAGAGAGAGAGAGAGGGGGCAGAAAGAAAACAACUACGCGUUUGCGCUUCGCGCCUCUUGUGCUGUGAUCUCGGGGUGAACGCUCGGUGAACGCCACUCAGAAUGAGGGUGCAUCGUGGGAUCUGCGCCAAACUGCAGGGCGGUUUCCUCAGACGAUGGUGGGCGGCCGUUUCGUGCGGAGUCUUGCUAAUAAUCCUGGCUGCCGUCCUGGCGGUUCUAUUUCCGAAUCUUAUCAACUUAAUCCUGGACAAGGAGCUUACGAUACGAGAGGGCGGACGCACGUUCAAAUUUUGGAAGCAGCCGCCGGUCGUGCCACGUAUGCAAAUUUACAUCUACAAUGUGACGAACGCUGACGAAUUUUUGAACAACGGAGAGAAACCAGCGCUGCAGGAGUUGGGUCCAUACGUUUAUGAACAACGUUGGGAGAAGGUGGAUAUCAAAUUCAACGAUAAUGGAACGGUCACCUACAAAGUCAAGAAGACGUUCGUCUUUAAUUCGAAUCUGUCAUCCGGUUCCGAUGAUGAUUUGGUGGUCGUUCCGAACGUUCCUAUGCUAUCAGCUACCAGUCAGUCGAAACAUGCCGCUCGUUUUCUGCGACUGGCAAUGGCGUCCAUCAUGGACAUCCUGAAAAUCAAGCCGUUCGUCGAGGUGUCAGUCGACCAGCUACUUUGGGGUUACGAUGACCCUCUGCUCAAGCUGGCCAAGGACGUUGUGCCCAAGGAACAAAAGCUGCCGUACGAUCAGUUCGGUCUGCUUUAUGGCAAGAACGCGACUGGGACAGAUCUGUACACGAUGUUUACAGGCAGUACUGAUAUCACCAAAUUCGGAUUAAUGGACAGGUGGAACGGCAAGGAUGCUCUCGGCCACUGGACCACGAAGGAAUGCGACUCCAUCAUGGGCACCGAUGGCAGCAUAUUCCCGCCUCAUAUCACGAAGCAGACCGUGCUCAAGGUCUUCGAGAAAGAUCUCUGCCGGACGUUGCCGCUGGUUUAUCAGCGCGAAGUAAUAGCCGCCGGAGGAGUCCCUGGCUACAGAUUCGCCCCGCCGACGAAUGUCUUCACCUCGGUAGAAAACAUGGCGUCGCAGCAGUGUUACUGUCCAGCUGGACCACCAUGUGCACCGGAGGGCACGUUCAACGUCUCCCUGUGCCAGUACGAUUCGCCAGUUCUCAUCACUUUCCCGCAUUUCUACCUCGCUGAUCCAGCUUUACGGGAGGCUGUGACAGGCAUAUCUCCGCCGGAUCCCGAGAAACAUCAGCUGUACAUUGACGUACAGCCUAUAAUGGGCACGGCUAUGAAGGCGCGAGCGAGGGUACAAAUUAAUCUCGCAGUUAGCCAGGUGCGAGAUAUCAAGCAGGUCGCUUCAUUCCCCGACAUUAUUUUCCCCAUUAUGUGGUUUGAGGAUUGCGUCGACGAACUACCCCCAGAGAUGCGUUCUCUGCUGAAGUUAGCGGUAGAGUUGCCACCAGUGGCCCAUGCUGCGGUGUCCGGCGCCCUAGCCGUGAUCGGCGCGAUCGUCCUGCUCGGCGCUCUCAUGUGCCUGGCGCGCGCCGCCAAGCGCCAGGAGAAGCUGCACCUGAGCAACCCAUUGCCGGCGAACGCGACGAGCACCAAGACCGGUCAGCUGAAUCCUGCUUUCAGCAAGUAGAGUCCAACCGGGUCACAAGUGAGGGAAUCGAAACGAGUGCGCGAGUGCUCGGAGUUCCACCCCGCGAGAUGAGUCGCGCGCCGGGUAGCGUGCGAGUGUACCCUCUCGCGAGGACUUGUACGAUAAUCUUACUUAUCUUAUAGGCGACGGGCAUGUGCUUUAUAUUUCUCGAUUAGGAUUUCCACAUUCAAUUUCGCAAGAGAGAAAGAAAAAGCGGAACAAUCUUAGACAACGAAAAGUCCAAAAUCGAGAUAUAAGGGCUUCCGUUUUCACGUUGUAAGCAUCAAUUCUCAUCCUUGUUAAAUAUCAAUGCCCUAUCAAAUAUUAAAUAAAUAAUGCUUACAAGCGCUGUAAGUGCAAAAUGGAAUGCAUCCAAGAUAUGUCUUUAAAAUGUUUGUAAGACAUCUUACGUCUCCUUUUUGGAUGUGUUGUCUGGGAUAAGUUACGUCAUUUUGACAUCAGAUAACAUUAUUUUGACGUUCAAACAAAUCGUAAAUGAUUGAAAAGUGACUUUUAAUGAUUUUGAAGUUAUUUUGGCAUCAUUUUGAUGUCAAAAUGACAUUGACUUAUUCUAUUUGGGAAGAAAGGAGAGAAAAGAUGGAGAGGCUGCCCAAUGAGACACGAAUUUUAUCGGGUCGCAUGCGGACAGUCGGUACAUUAAAUUUAUUUAUAUUACGUGUGUUUCUUCUCGGGAUGGUGUUUUGUUAGACGGUGUUGAGUCGCGCGAGUACAAAUUAAUCGCGAGCAACGGUCGGUGACGAAUUCGAGAUCUGUGGAGUAGACGUUGUUUCUCUUAUUGCUCGAGACGUAAUUGUGACGAAUCCACAGAUCUUUCCUUCGUGAAAGAUCGAGUUAAAAAUUUGAGUUGAAAAAAACUCGGAAAUAUCUGUGAGCGAAUUUAAAAUCUAGGUCUUCCCGAUGAAAACAUUGCGAAAGAUCCGCGCUUUGUCGCGGGUUUUUAAAUUUCACUAUUUGACUUCUUAGCUGAUAAAUUAAUCGAAAAAUAGAAUUUUAUGUUUAUAUUUAGAUUUAUUUUAUUUUACCUUGACAUUAUCAUUAUGGAAUGGGCAAUUAAGCUGACGAAUUUUUUACUAUAAUAUUUUUUUACAAUACUGCACGGAAAUAAGAAAUUGAAGUCGAGUCAUUGCUAGGGAAAACUCGGCGAUUAGGAUUUAUAAUGACGCAACACCGUUCUUUUUAUUAGGAUUAUUAAUAUUAAUAACGAGCUGCUCUUUGCUCCACACGAUCGAAUUGAUCUUCAAGGAUCAUCGUUUAAUCGUGCGAAGCAAUUAUCGCUGCGAACACUGACGUAAAGGAUGAAGGAUGAAAUUGUUAUUCCGUCCAUGCCGUUGUUCCGAGGACAAGCUUCGUUCACGACUUCAAUUUGGAUUGCACGAGCGUGUUUGCGACGAGUAGUUUUGUGCAAUCGAGACGCAGCAACAGCGGAACGACAGAAAUCUUUUUUUCUGUACAUAGAACCUGGCCGUUGUCGUCUACCGAUU